AUGGCAACAGCGUGGCUGCAGAAACGUCUCGCGGCUCUGGAGUCAUUUCAAGAGGGCGAGGACGUGCUCGAGCCAACCCUGAAAAGCCCCAAGAGAGAGGACCCUUACAGUGGCUACGAGGUUGCAGACACUCUCCGCCAAUUCGUUUCCAAGGGCCUGCUGACAGACAUUGACCUGUCCGGCACGACCCCUGAAGAGGAAAUCGGAGAUGUGGGUGUUGCAAAUUUAACCGCCGUAUUGCUGGGCAAGGUGGCCAACUUGACAAGGCUGUCCCUACGACGGGUCGGGCUGGGUGCUGCAGGCUUCCGCGAGGUUGGGCGCUUGUUACGGCAAUGCCCGACCCUGGAGGUGUUGGAUCUGAGUUACAACACCGCUGGUGUAGACGGCCUUCGCGGCAAUUUUUGCGAAGCGCUGGACGAUGCCAGGUGCUUAAAGGUGCUGGAGUUGCGAGGUUGUGGACUUCGAGACGAAGGGCUGGAGCCUUUGUGCGAUGUGCUGGAGCGCUUCGACGAGGCCUUGAGGCCUGUAGUGUCCGUCCAGCAGCUCAGCCUCAGCACGAAUCAUCUGACGGCGGCUGCGGCAAGGCGCAUGGCGAGGAUGCUUGCGACCAACUUGAAGCUGGAGGAGUUGGACAUCUCUGACAACGAGCUGAGAGAGGAAGGCGGUGAACACCUCGCCGGUGGCUUGAAUGCCAACAAGGGGCGUUUGCAGAGACUUAACAUUUCUCACAACCUUCUCAGAGUGGACGGCGCACGUCCACUCCUGGAGAGGUUCAUGACGACAGAUUCUAGCCUGCGCAUGCAAAUCAGGAGGCUUCCUGGCACCAAGCAUGGCUUUGUCUUGGACGGGAUGGUGGUCACUGGGCUGGAGUUCAUGGGUUGGGUUGAGCAGCACAACAACCGGAAUCGAUCCGAAGCGGUCUUCGCGGGUGACAGGAUUGUUGAGGUGAGUGGCAAGACCACGCCAGAGGACAUGCUUCUCGAGCUGACUGUGGGAGAGGUGCUCGAUGUGACGCUUCUUCGGGACGGAGUCUGCAUGAAACAUCUUGACAUUUGUUACAAUCUCCUGGGCAAGAAGGGGACUCAGGAGCUACAUACCCUGGCCGGAAUCACCCGUAAGGGCAACAUGAUUGGGAACCAGCUCCGAUUUGAUGGCGGCACGAGGAUCACGUUACUGAAUGCGUACUGA